UCUAUGCUGAUUACGUCACAAUCCGACCUUCGCUGUCCUCUUCCGAAGCGAAAUUCUGAAGCCCGAUUUCGUUUUUCUGAGAACCACCUGCAACAAGGAAAAUGGUAUUUCAAGGGUUAUUCGAGGCUGCUGCAAGGCAAAAUUUAUUCUCCAGCCCUUUAGUCAAUGCACAAUGUCAAGCAAGUGUACAUGCUACGGUACCUCAUACGGACAUGGUUCCACAGAGAAAUAUUGCUGCAGCUGCGACCAGUGUACCUAACGAGAACAGUUGUGAGUUUGGAUCAACAAAGUUUUACGUAUUGUGUGGAUUGGGUGGCAUACUCAGCUGUGGAACGACGCACACAGCAGUUGUUCCUCUGGAUCUUGUCAAAUGUCGUAUGCAGGUUGAUUCAGCAAAGUAUCCAAACAUGUUCAGAGGUUUCCGAGUUACUGUUGCCGAAGAUGGUUUUCGUGGAUUAGGCAAAGGAUGGGCACCAACAUUCUUCGGGUACUCUAUACAGGGUCUAGGCAAAUUUGGCCUGUACGAAGUAUUCAAGAUUUACUACUCAAAUUUGAUAGGAGAGGAGUACAGUUUUCUCUGGAGAACGAGUUUGUAUCUGGCUGCCAGUGCGUCAGCCGAAUUCUUUGCUGACAUGGGUCUGGCUCCCUUCGAAGCCGCAAAAGUGAGAAUUCAGACCCAGCCAGGCUUUGCUAACACACUGCGGGAGGCAAUGCCAAAGAUGUGGAAGGACGAAGGCAUUAUGGCAUUCUACAAGGGCUUGCCACCACUUUGGGCAAGGCAGAUACCAUACACCAUGAUGAAGUUUGCUGCAUUUGAGCGUACGGUAGAAUUCCUUUACAAGUACGUUGUACCAAAGCCAAGGUCAGAGAUGAGCAAACCUGAGCAACUAGUAGUUACUUUUGCUGGAGGCUAUAUCGCUGGUGUAUUUUGUGCAAUCGUGUCCCACCCGGCUGACACCAUCGUGUCCAAGUUGAACCAAGCCAAGGGUAGCAGUGCAAUCACUAUUGCUAAAAACCUGGGAUGGUCUGGUAUGUGGGCGGGCCUGGGAACGAGGAUCAUCAUGAUCGGUACGCUGACAGCCCUUCAGUGGUUCAUCUAUGACUCGGUAAAGGUUGUCUUCAGGAUUCCUCGACCAGCUCCUCCAGAGAUGCCUGCCAGCCUGAAGGCAAAACUUGAAGCUGCCAAGUAAUUGGCUUUUGAUUGUCUAGGCAUUAGUAAUCUUGCUGUACCUAGAAGACUAUAGAAGUUGAGAGAGCAAGAGAGAGGGGGGGGGGGAGAGGAACAAUUAUUUAGUUUCAUUCAGUGCCAAAAAAGCACAUGCUGCUGCUUUAUGUGGAAAUCGAUUUUACUCAGUUGCUUACGAAAGUGUUUUCACUGCUUUCCAAAAUUUAUACCUGUUGAUGGAGGAUUAUGGUGUGGUUGAAUAGGAAGUCAUUUAGGUGCUUUACAUGUUUUACUUAAAGGUAUUUAAUUGUUUAGCUCUUUCUGGUAAAUGGUUGUUCAAAAGAUAUAACAGUGCGACACUAGUCAUACUGUGAAGAGUUACCAUUACGAUGUUACUGGUGAUGCUUAAGUAUAUGCAUUAAGUUAUGUAUUAUGCUUAAGGGAUGCUUAAGUAAGAAUUGCUGUUUCUGUAUGAAACCGACUGAAACAGUUCAAAUUGGCAAUUUAUACUAAUCCAUUCGUGCAAAAUCCUGUGAAAUGCAUAAAUCUGAGAAUAAACGUGUUUGCAAAGCAAAGGAUCUCCAGUCUAAAUUAGCUAAGGUUAGCUUAUAACAUCUAGUCAGUAAUACGCACAUUAAAAAUUAAAAAAUAUACACUGUUCUGUUAUAAUAUAUAGGUAAAUUAUAAAAAUGUUGAGCAGCUAUUGUUUUUUCUUGUAUUGACAAGAAUAAUAAAACUCGUGUCAAACGGC